AGUCUCUUCUUCUGACCUGCCGGAAGAUUUUUUUUUUCAUCCUUUUCUCUCUAGGCUGCCAUCUCCCUCCAAACACAUUCACCUUCUGACUAGCCUGGGAGUGUGUUGGAUGCACAGAUGAAGCUGUUUUUGGUGCCUCAGUCCUCCCAGAGCGCCUAUAAUCUGUAGCCCAACAAGACUUUUGAAGGGGAUUGGACUCGCACCCCCUCGUGCCGUGUCGUGUGCUUACAUCCCCCGUCUUUCUCUUUGUUAUCCAUCCUCCACUGCCUGCCUCUGGAAGUGCAGCAAAUGAAGGACAUUUAGGCACUGUAUUUGUCUCUCCAGAAGCCUAGAUUUGAGUACCUCAGUUGAUCCUGUCAUGGUCUCCCUCGCAAGUGCUCCGUGUGGCCCAGUGACGGGACCCAAGACUCCCUCUAAAAUGCUGGCGGCGUCUUCGCCAGUGCCGAUAUUGAAGACAUCUAAAACACCAAACUCUACGGCCGGGGUAAAACACAAAAUGGAGGAGUUGGAUCUGUCGCUGUCUCCCGCGUCGUCCAUCGCGUCCGACGUCGAGGAGCCGCCCAGUCCACGGAAGAAGGCUCGGGUCCAGUUUGACGAGGAUGUGGAGAUGCGAGAGAUUCCAUACGUCGAUAAAGCACAAGGAACACAAACCGCGGAUAAAAGUGCGGCUGUGGUGCGCGAAGAAGUGCGAAGGGCGGUCCAUAGGCAUGUCUCGGGCGGCGAUAGUGAAGCCUAUGAUCGCGUGAAGGAGAUCUUCACCAUCGAUCCCCGACGCCGGGAGAAGAAUGGCAUGGUAGCAAUGAAUGUACCUACUCAUCAUACCUUGAAACAUCAUCUUAUGGGGCUUCUGUCAAAUGUGGCGUCUUUGGAUCGCAGCUGCAACGGGCUGGUCCAGGCUGUUCUGAAUAGUGAGUGGCUCGGUCGCGAUGAGUCGUACGUGAAGCUGUACAUUCGCUUCCUGGGUAAUCUUUCUGCGGCCCAGGGAAGCUAUCUGGGGUCUGUGCUGAAGAUGCUUGCCAACCACUUGGGGGAGCUCCCCAAGGGCUCCGGCAAAGUGCCGGGGUAUCCACUUGUCCAUGCCUCCGAGGUCUACACCCGAGUUCAUAUGGCGCUUCGCCAUGUAAUGCAGCUGGUUCCAUCGGGGAGCGGGUCUCUCUCACCGAUUUUGUCUUCGCAAUUCCCCUUUGAUACCGACUCCGCCAGAGCCAACAUCGCAUACACGCAAAAUAUCAUCCGGAUCAUCAGCUACACCCCCGAACUGCAAGCAGAUAUCCUUGCUCUCGUGACCGAGAAGCUCGUCAAGAUCGAUGUACAGAUCCAAGUGGAUAUGGAAGACCUCGAAGACGACGAGGGGGAGGACGUUCUACACGACAUUUCCCCCGAGGCUGUGAUGUAUGGAGAAGACCCCGAUGAUGACGACGAUAAUGCAUCCGUUCUCAGUGACGAUUCCGUCGACGAAGAAUCCCGACGAGUGAAAAAUAUCAAGGAAAAUAUUCUCAAACUUGAUGGCAUGAUUGAUACCCUGUUUGAAUACUACGCGCCGCCUUUCACGUCGGGCACCAUCGAUGAUAAGGAGAAUGCGCUGGACCUUCUCCUCAGCCAUUUCCAGACCAUCAUCCUUCCUACCUACCGCUCCCGCCACUCCCAGUUCCUCCUCUUCCACUUCUCCCAAUGCUCCCCGAUCCUGGUCGACCGCUUUGCAGCCACCUGCGUCCAGAUUAUCUUUAACAAAGCCCAACCCGCCAUCCUGCGGCAAUCUGCCGCGGCCUACCUCGCCAGCUUCGUCGCCCGCGGCGCCCACAUUUCCGGCGAGGUGGUACGCGAUGUGUUCGACCUGCUCGGCACGCAUCUGAACAACCUUCGCAUGGACUACGAGGCCAGCUGCCGUGGGCCGGACCUCCGCCGCUUCGGCCCCUUCUACUCCACCGCCCAAGCCCUCCUUUACAUCUUCUGCUUCCGCUGGCGCGAUCUCACGACGGCGGCUAUCGACGGCGACUCGCUGGACCAAAUCGACGACCUCGAACCGGAAGACAUUAUCUUCCCGCCCAAUGUCAAAGACGUUCUUCACAGCGCGAUCCAUUCCAAACUAAACCCACUCAAAGUGUGCUCCCCGGCCAUUGUAUCCCAGUUCGCCCGGAUGUCGCAGCACUUCAACUUCAUUUACGUCUUCAGCAUCCUCGAGACCAACAAGCGUCUCCGCAUGUCGGCUUAUCGCAACCUUGCUGCGCUGGCUGACCCGCGCUUUAGCCAAGUCGAGCGCGAGACCCGCGCCGGGGAUGAUCUCGGCUAUCAGCUGGAUGCGUAUUUCCCGUUUGAUCCUUACCAGCUGCCCCGGAGUCGGCGCUGGCUGGAGGGGGAUUAUGUGCACUGGCGGGGGAUUCCCGGUCUUGACGAUGACCGGGAGGCGGAUGACAGUGAAGUGGAUGAGGGCGAAUCCGAUGAAGAUGAAGAUGACGGAGACGAUCUGAGUGAGGGAACAGAAACGGAUGACGAAAUUUAAUGUAUGAUGAUAUGAUGUUAAAAAAAAAAAAUUGGAAAUAUGAAAACAUGAAAUAUAUCAAAUAAUAUUUAUCUUCUA